AUUUCCCAAAUUUAAAGUUACUUUUUUUUUUCUUAAUUUAGCAAAUUCUUACAUUAAAAAGUGGACCCUACCCCCUUAUUUGUAAAGAGGUUCUUGUUUAAACCUUUAAAUUCUCAAAAUUUACUAUUUUUGGCUAAUACCCUUUUUCAAUUAUGGAUUCUUGAAGCAGUUUUUUGGUACUUUUGCCUAGUUUUGAGCUUUUUUUUGUCGUUAUUUACUCAAUUUUAUGUUUCAAAAAACCCUCUUUAAGAACAAUUCUUGCAGAUUUAAUUGUUAGGGUAGUGUAAUUUGUUGUCAUUUUCUAAAAAAGAACACUUUUUUUUUUCUUUUUUCAUUUCCCAAAUUGAAAGUUCACUUUUUUUCUUAAUAUAGCAAAUUACCUGUAAAGGGUUCUUGUUUAAACCUUUAAAUUCCUCAAAAUUUACUAUUUUAGCUAAUACCCUUUUUCAAUAAUGGAUUCUUGAUUUUAUUUUUGGUAGUUUUGUCUAGUUUUGAGCUUCUUUGUUAUUCAGUCAAUUUUACGUUUCAAAAGCUACCCUUAAGUUAAUUAUUUUUUCAGAUUUAAUUUAAAGUUCACUUUUUUUUUUCUUAAUUUAGCAAAUUACCGAUAAAGGGUUCUUGUUUAAACCUUUAAAUUCUCAAAAUUUACUAUUUUUGGCUAAUACCCUUUUGCAAUUAUGGAUUCUUGAUUUUUUUUUGUUUGUUUGUUACUUUUGCGUAGUUUGAGCUUUUUUGUUGUUAUUUAGUCAAUUUGAUGUUUCAAAAAGCUCUCUUUUAGUUCAUUAUUUUUAGAUUGUUAGGGUAGUGUAUUUUGUUGUCAUUUUCUCGAAAAGAACACUUUUUUUUUUCAUUUCCCAAAUUAGAAAGUUCACUUUUUUUCUUAAUUUAGCAUAUUUCCUAUAAAGGUUUCUUGUUUAAAUCUUUAAAUUCCUUCAAAAAUUUAGGGUUAGUGUAAUUUGUGUUCAUUUUCUUGAAAAUGGAACCCAAAUUUGUUUUCAUUUCCCAAAUUUAAAGUUCACUUUUUUUUACUUCUUAAUUUAGCAAUUAUACUUACCCUUUAAUCUGUAAAGGGUUCUUGUUUAAGUACAUUUUUUGCAGAUUUAAUUGUUAGGGGUAGUGUAAUUUGUGUGAUUUUAUCGAAAAUGGAACCGAAUUCACCGGUUAGAUUCAAAUUAGGUAAACAAUCAUCAUUAGCACCAGAAAGGGAAGUAAUUGGAGGUGAAAAAGAUGAUAGUGAAUUUGUUAUUGAUCCGAGGGUAAGGUUGAUGUAUUCGGCGAAUGAGGGUGAUAUAGAAGGUAUAAAGGAGAUUUUGGAAUGUGGUACUGAUGUGAAUUUUAGAGAUAUUGAUAAGAGGACUGCACUUCAUGUUGCUGCUUGUCAAGGUUCAAGUGAUGUUGUGCAGUUGUUGCUGGAUAAUGGGGCUGAAGUCGAUCCGAAAGAUCGAUGGGGAAGCACGCCCCUGGCAGAUGCGAUACACUAUAAAAAUCAUGCGGUGAUUAAGCUACUGGAGAAACAUGGUGCCAAGCCUCCAAUGGCUCUCAUGCAUGUUAACACCUGCCCUGAAGUUCCAGAAUAUGAGAUUGAUGCUAAAGAACUUGAUUUCACUAAUAGCGUUGAGUUGAGCAAGGGAACGUUCCAUAUUGCCUUAUGGCGUGGAAUACAAGUCGCUGUAAAAAAGUUUGGGGAGGAUGUGAUUGCUGAUGAGGAUAAAGUGAGCGCAUUUCGAGAUGAGCUUGCGUUGCUCCAGAAGAUACGACAUCCUAAUGUGGUCCAAUUUCUUGGUGCUGUAACACAAAGUAGUCCUAUGAUGAUAGUGACCGAAUACUUACCAAAGGGUGAUCUCCGUGAGUAUUUGAAUAGAAAAGGAGCUCUUAAACCAACUAAAGCUCUCAGAUUUGCAAUGGAUAUCGCAAGGGGAAUGAACUAUCUACAUGAAACUGAAGAAGCAAUUAUUCAUCGUGAUCUUGAGCCUUCAAAUAUUUUGCGGGAUGAUACCGGACAUCUGAAGGUGGCUGACUUUGGAGUAAGCAAGCUACUUAAAGUUACAAAAAGGGUCAAAGAAGACAAACCUCUGACAUACGAAGACAGUUAUCGCAGAUAUGUAGCUCCAGAGGUUUUCAAGAACGAGGAAUAUGAUACCAAAGUUGAUGUCUUUUCAUUUGCUUUAAUUUUACAAGAGAUGAUUGAAGGCUACCCCCCUUUCCAUGCGAAGGAAGAAAAUGAUAUACCUAAAUUAUAUGCUGCUAAAGAGCGCCCUCCUUUUAAAGCCCCCCCAAAGUUUUAUGCCCAUGGACUGAAAGAGUUGAUUGAAGAAUGUUGGAAUGAAAAGCCAGCCAAGCGCCCAAGUUUCAAGCAAAUUAUCCCAAGGCUCGAGUCCAUCUAUAAAAAGUUUAACUACAACAAGCGUUGGAAGGUAAUUAGACCUUUGAGAUGCUUUCAGCAUUUAGAGGCAAUGUGGAAGAAAGAUAGUUCAGAUUUAAGUAGCCGGAAUCGUUCAUCUCGGUCUACGCGUCACAUCUAGCAAGUUCUAAAAAUAAGCAAAAGUUCAUUUCCUCAAUCGCCUGUGCAUAAAGAGUGAUAAAGUUUAUCUAGUUCUCCACAUGUCUGCAGAUUUUUUUCAGUUGCUUUUAGUAUUAGGCUGUUGGAUUAUUUUCUAGUUUCAAAAUCUUCUAUUCUUGUCAUUGGGAUAAUACUUUCCCUAAGUUUUAUAUAUAUAUUUUUUGGAAUAUUAAAUUUGACUUUUUGAUCUGAAUGGGUCGAUGCGACAUUAUUUUCCUUGGUCUUUUUAAGAAAUCAAACGAGGUUGAAGUUUGUAAGCCUUC